AGGAACACCUGCUGUAAGGCAGACCAAGGGUACCUGUGUUGUCCAUUAGAAGAAGCAGUGUGUUGCGCUGAUCACAAACAUUGCUGCCCUCGAGGAUAUACAUGCUCCCCCGACGGGAAGGGUUGUUCAUCGGGGGCUCACAGCAUUCUGGCACUCUCCACAACACUGGCCACAACGUCUAUAAAAGGCGUGAAAGGACUCCUGCAAUUGAUUACAAGGACAUUUUCUGAGGAGCUUCAGUCUCGUACCUUUAGGCACCAAGCGAAUAAUGUCGUUUGUCCUGAUGGUCAAUCAGAGUGUCCAGAUAACACCUCAUGCUGCAAACUGUCUUCAGGUCAGUGGGGUUGUUGUCCAUUUCCCCAAGCUGUUUGCUGUAGUGAUGGAGUGCAUUGCUGUCCAAACGGAUAUACCUGUGAUGUUGAAGAAGGAACGUGCACCAAAGGAGACACAACUUUUAUACCAGUUUCAAUAAAGGUCCAAGCAUUAAAGAGAAUAAUAAAAUCGAAUGGUGUCGUUUGUCCCGAUGGAUCACAUUGCCCGGAUGGCAACACAUGUUGCAAACUGUCUUCAGGCCAGUGGGGUUGUUGCCCUCUUCCAGAAGCUGUUUGCUGUAGUGAUGGAGUGCAUUGCUGCCCAAACGGAUAUACCUGUGAUGUUGCAGAAGGAACGUGUACCAAAGGGGACAAGACUAAAAUACCAGUGUCAAAGAAUAUCCAAGCUUUAAAGAAAAUAGUUAAAGCAAAAAAUGUCGUUUGUCCUGAUGGUACAUCAGAGUGUCCAGAUGGCAACACAUGUUGCAAACUAUCUUCAGGCCAAUGGGGUUGUUGCCCUCUUCCAGAAGCUGUUUGUUGUAGCGAUGGAGUGCAUUGCUGUCCAGACGGGUACACCUGUGAUGUUGCAGAAGGAACGUGUUCCAAAGGAGACAAGACUGUAAUACAAAUGUCAAAAAAGAUCCCAGCAUUUAAGAGAAUAAUCAAAGUAAAUACUGUUUGUCCUGAUGGUCAAUCACAAUGCCCAGAUGGCAUGACCUGUUGCAAAUUGUCUUCAGGCCAGUGGGGUUGUUGUCCUCUUCCAAAAGCUGUAUGCUGUAGUGAUGGAGUGCAUUGCUGCCCAAAGGGAUAUACCUGUGAUGUUGAAGCUGGGAGUUGUACCAAGGGAGACAAGACUACAAUACCAGUGUCAAAGAAUAUCCAAGCACUUAAGAGAAUAAUCAAAGCGAAUACCGUCGUUUGUCCUGAUGGAUCACAGUGCCCAGAUGGCAACACAUGUUGCAAACUAUCUUCAGGCCAGUGGGGUUGUUGCCCUCUUCCAGAAGCUGUUUGCUGUAGUGAUGGAGUGCAUUGCUGCCCAAACGGAUAUACCUGUGAUGUUGCAGAAGGAACGUGUACCAAAGGAGACAAGACUAAAAUACCAGUGUCAAAGAAUAUCCAAGCUUUAAAGAAAAUAGUUAAAGCAAAAAAUGUCGUUUGUCCUGAUGGUACAUCAGAGUGUCCAGAUGGCAACACAUGUUGCAAACUAUCUUCAGGCCAAUGGGGUUGUUGCCCUCUUCCAGAAGCUGUUUGUUGUAGCGAUGGAGUGCAUUGCUGUCCAGACGGGUACACCUGUGAUGUUGCAGAAGGAACGUGUUCCAAAGGAGACAAGACUGUAAUACAAAUGUCAAAAAAGAUCCCAGCAUUUAAGAGAAUAAUCAAAGUAAAUACUGUUUGUCCUGAUGGUCAAUCACAAUGCCCAGAUGGCAUGACCUGUUGCAAAUUGUCUUCAGGCCAGUGGGGUUGUUGUCCUCUUCCAAAAGCUGUAUGCUGUAGUGAUGGAGUGCAUUGCUGCCCAAACGGAUAUACCUGUGAUGUUGAAGCUGGGAGUUGUACCAAGGGAGACAAGACUACAAUACCAGUGUCAAAGAAUAUCCAAGCACUUAAGAGAAUAAUCAAAGCGAAUACCGUCGUUUGUCCUGAUGGAUCACAGUGCCCAGAUGGCAACACAUGUUGCAAACUAUCUUCAGGCCAGUGGGGUUGUUGCCCUCUUCCAGAAGCUGUUUGCUGUAGUGAUGGAGUGCAUUGCUGCCCAAACGGAUAUACCUGUGAUGUUGCAGAAGGAACGUGUACCAAAGGAGACAAGACUAAAAUACCAGUGUCAAAGAAUAUCCAAGCUUUAAAGAAAAUAGUUAAAGCAAAAAAUGUCGUUUGUCCUGAUGGUACAUCAGAGUGUCCAGAUGGCAACACAUGUUGCAAACUAUCUUCAGGCCAAUGGGGUUGUUGCCCUCUUCCAGAAGCUGUUUGUUGUAGCGAUGGAGUGCAUUGCUGUCCAGACGGGUACACCUGUGAUGUUGCAGAAGGAACGUGUUCCAAAGGAGACAAGACUGUAAUACAAAUGUCAAAAAAGAUCCCAGCAUUUAAGAGAAUAAUCAAAGUAAAUACUGUUUGUCCUGAUGGUCAAUCACAAUGCCCAGAUGGCAUGACCUGUUGCAAAUUGUCUUCAGGCCAGUGGGGUUGUUGUCCUCUUCCAAAAGCUGUAUGCUGUAGUGAUGGAGUGCAUUGCUGCCCAAACGGAUAUACCUGUGAUGUUGAAGCUGGGAGUUGUACCAAGGGAGACAAGACUACAAUACCAGUGUCAAAGAAUAUCCAAGCUUUAAAGAAAAUAGUUAAAGCAAAAAGUGUCGUUUGUCCUGAUGGUCAAUCAGAGUGUCCAAAUGGCAACACAUGUUGCAAACUAUUCUCGGGCCAGUGGGGUUGUUGUCCUCUACCAAAAGCUGUUUGCUGUAGUGAUGGAGAGCAUUGCUGCCCAAACGGAUAUACCUGUGAUGUUGAAGCUGGAACUUGUAAUAAAGGAAGCAAGACGAGAAUAGGAAUGUUAACGAAGAUUCCAGCAAUUAAGAAAAUAACAGUAGUGGAUACUGUUAUGUGCCCUGAUGGUGAAUCACAGUGCCCAGAUGACAACACAUGUUGUAAACUAUCUUCAGGCCAGUGGGGUUGUUGUCCUUUACCAAAAGCUGUAUGCUGUAGCGAUGGUGAGCAUUGCUGUCCAAACGGGUACACCUGUGAUGUUGCAUUAGGAACUUGCACCAAAGGAGACAAAGAUGUCACUGGCCACCUAGUAGUUCAACCUUCAAAGAGAGUCAGUUAUGACGUGAAAACUGUGUUUUGUAAUGAUGGUGAGACUGAGUGUCCUAACGGCUACACUUGCUGUAGGGAUAUUUCUGGGGGCUAUUCCUGUUGUCAUUUAGACCAAGCCGUAUGUUGUAGCGACAAGGUGCACUGCUGCCCUAUGGGAUCUACAUGUACCUCUAAUGGUACGUGUCAGGAGAGUAGCAGUGGGCUUGUGCAAAAAAUGAUUACCUUGGUGAAAUCACCAGCUCGACCAGUUUCCGAGUCUUCAGGCUCCGUACUUUGUCCCGACAAAAAGCACGAAUGUGCCAAUGGAAGCACAUGUUGCAAGCUGCAUUCUGGAUUGUAUGGCUGUUGUCCAGUUUCGCACGCCGUUUGCUGUAGUGACGAUAAACAUUGCUGUCCUGGAGGAUACACGUGUGAUGUGGAGAAAGGUGAAUUAAGCGUUCCUAGGAAUAAUAAAAUGUUAAUUUGUUUUUGUGAAUGAUAACCUUGGGUACCAGCAAGUUUUACACGUGUACGGCGAUCGAGUGCGGCGGAGUUCUCUCAGGGUCGGCCUUCGCGGCUCGAAGCCGCGAGAAACAGAAGCCGCGCGUGAAAAGUCUCUGGCACCCAGGGUAAUAAGUUAUGAGUUCAUUAUUGGUUUCAAUGCGACGGUCUUCGAAGCGGCGAAGAGAAGUCAGUCGAGGUGGUGAGGUGGUCACACUACAGAAUUUCAUCCACAUACACAAAAGUUAGAACUACAUACUAAAUAAAUACAGUCACUGAACUCUCUCGUUAGAGACCACCCUGGGAGCAGGACAAAGUGGUCGCUCACGGGAGGUGGUUUUCGACGGGAAAAAUCAACAUAACAAGCUCAAACUGACCCGAUAAACAUAAGUUGUUACUUAAAAAGCUAAAAUUUAGCCAACUGGCAGUAAUCUUAUACAUCGAAUAGCGCUUGACACCUUGAAACUUGCGGGAGGUGAGCGCUUUCGAGAAGUGUUCACUAUGAGAGAGUAGACUGUAUAACCAUAUGAAAGUACUGUUUAAGAGAUUUCACUUAACACAGGAAACAUUGGACAAAUCCCAACUUGGGUCAAACUUGGUUCUAACUUGGGAAAUAAUAAUUCCCAACUUUUAAAGUUGGGUUAUUCUUGGGGCAAAGUUGGGUUUUACUUUAAGAGUUAAAUGCUCCACUUGUAAUUCCCAAUAUAUGUUUCCCAAAUAAGACCCAAAAUUAGCUUCUUCAGCUUAUUACAUUGGGGAUAACUUGGGUUUACAUAAAUUAAUUUGCACCUUCUUUGGGGCUAUUUCAAGCAAACACAUUUUUUAUGGGUCAAAAUUGGGACAUGCUCACCCCAACAUUAACUGUUUUGGGGUGUAAUCGGUUAUUCUUGGGCCAAAGUUGGGUAUAUUUUGAGAGUAAAUUUCAUUUCUUGUAAUUACCAAUGUAUGUUUCCCAAAGUAGUCCCAAAAUUUGCUACUUCAGCUGAUAGCAGUGGGGAUAACUUGGGUUCAUAAAAAUUAAGUCACACCUACUUUGGGACUAUUUCAUGCAAACACAUUUUUUGUGGGUGAAAUUGGGACAUGCUCACCUCAGCAUUAACUGUUUUGUGGUGUGCGGUAAUUUUUGUAAUUUGUGUUAAAGAAAAGGAAGACAGAAAAAGAAGAUGCACAAAAAUAACAAAAAUUCAUGUUGAGUGGGAUAAACUCUUCUUACUUACUCUAAAAGUAGGUCCGUUUAAAUUAAGAACUAGUCACUUCAAUCAAAGAACAACAUCCUUGUUUUAAGAAGGAAAAAUAUUGAUUUACAAACGUUUUUAAGAGGCCGAAAAUGGUUUUAAGACAAAGCUUGAAUUAAGUAAAAGGAUCUUGUUUUAAGACAGCAUUUCUUCUUUUUAUUUUUGUUACAAGGGCUGGAGUUUUGUAAUCUUCUUAUAUCAAAAACAUUUUUUGUCUUACACUGUAAAUAAGUCGCUUAAUUUUCUUCUCUAGUCUUGCAACAGAAAAAUUUGUACCUAAAAAUUUUGCAAACCUAAGCUUGAACACAGCUAUGUUCAAAGCUACUUCUUACUGAAAAAGUCCUGGGGAGAACCCGUUGAAAAAUGAAAUUUGAUUUUAAAAUAACAACUGGGCAACGAUUUUAUACUUUUAGGCAUUUGAAACACAGAGGUUGUAAAAUUAUCAACAAAUUUUGAAAAAGGUUCAGUUAAAAGUAUAUCUAAGAAUAAUAAAAUUAAUGGGCCAAUCACAAAGCAGUAAUUCAGCAUAAGCUGACCUCUCGGGAAACAGGCAAUUAAAAUGCCUUUCUCUGAUUGGUGUAUUUCGAUCCUCUGCAAUCGAACACCUUUGAAUUUUUUCAUAGUACGCAGUGUUCAGCCAAAACGUUUUUGCCAUUUUGAAUUUUUGUCUUGAGGGUUUUUUUUACAGCAGAUGUACUUGCUAUUUUUCCCCUUGCCUUUUGAGAGUUUUGAGAACUUGAAGCAAUGAAUUGUGAACAUUUUUGAAGCGAUUUUCUGGAAACUUUUGGAUUUUGGAUUUUGAAAAACAUGUUUACGUGCGGACUACUAAUUCCAUUACGGCGAUUGUCACGGAAUGGAUUUUUUACGGAUUGCCUUUAUUCACGGGAUUUGACUUUUGGAUUUGACUUACACAAGAUUACUGGAUUCUGUUAAGUACGAAUCAGGAACUUUUAUUGCGGAUUUUGUUUCAAGUUUUGUCAUCAAAGGCCCGCUGGAUGGAAUCUAUUUAAGGAACAACGCAGGACUGUGCGUGGGAACUUUGUGUGAACACCUUAAGGCUUCUUGUGAGGAAUUUGUUUUCGGGGAUCAAGGACUUUGCAAGUGGAUUUUAUUGGCAAGUAAUUCAGGAACAUUGUACAGUUUUUGUGAAUGAUUGAUGUAACGAAAAUGGAAUUGUAUGUAAAUUUACACUGUUAAAAAUACCACAUUACGCAUUGUAAGUGUUUCCAGUUUAUGUAAAUAAAAGAAUGACAUUUUCAUAUCAAAAUCAGUUUGGUGAUUUAGUUAGAUGUGACAACUAAAUAAAUUAUUGCUGUUUAACCCUGUCCUUUAGGAAGAACUUGAACAGCGCUUGGAACAAGGAAUAAAAGAUGGGAUCAGUUUGACCCAAUUGUGGGACCAUAUGAGGCUAAAAGGUCCUUGUUAUUUUUCCCAAUUCUGACCCUAUUUGGGACCACUUGGAUAUGACUUUGGGACAAACCUGGGUUCAAAUAAACUCUACUAUGGGACUAAAUGUGGUUUAACUUGGGGUAAAUAUAUCCCAAAUUAGACCCUAUAUUUGGGUCAAAUAUGGGUCUAUAUUGUUGAUUUAACAAUUCCCUAUUUCAGCACAGGUUGGGAAUAACUUGGGAGUUGUUCCCAUUUCCCAACUUGAGGUAUUACUUUGGGAAAUAAACAGUUCCCAAGUUUAAUUCCAUACUAGACCCAAGUUAGGCCCAAGUUAGAACCAAAAUAACCCCAAUUUCAAGAUAUUGGGAAUUCUCUUAUUUUUCCUGUGUAAAUGAUCACACCAUUAGAUUUCAUGCACAGACUCGCACGUUGGUAAUUAGAUACUAAAUAUACAGUACUCAGGGUUGUCAAAACAAGUAGCAGGUUGAUAAUGAAUAGUAGGCGGCUUUGGGACUCGCACCAAAGGCACAAGUUCUUUGGGGGCGGCAUCUAGGGACAUUUUGAAAUUUAGAGUCUCAGAAAUGGCAUUUCCAGGGGUUUUCAAGAGGUAUUUUUCACCGCGGAUGCUAUGCUCUUUCGUCAGAAUACACGCAAGACUGGGAACAAUGCCAUUGAAAUGUCGCAGGCAUUACACUGCAUCGCACGGUUUGAACGCUUCACAGAUCUAAACCUGUUUAAAUGGACGUUCAGUGUCAUUCAAAACUGGAACGCGGAUGCUUUACAAUAUUAUUCGAUGGUUGUUUUUUUUUUGUUAGCAAUUAUUGGAGAAGGAGUUGAAAGUAGCCGGCUAAGGAUGGCUAACUAGCAGGCGGUUUUGGCCGGCUACCGGCCCUUAUGGACAGCCCUGAGUACUAUGUGAAUGUACUGCUGAGGUGGUUUCAUUUGAUUGGUAACGGAAUAAGAUUUCAUCCACAGAUCUUAUAGGUAUACCGAGAGAUCCUCACGCCAUAACUUGAUCUAGGAGUGAGGAAGUUCUGUGAUUGACAUGUCAACAUGACCACGUUUUCAUUACAGUCCAACCACUUCGACUGGCGUGUCGCGUUUUUUGCGGUGAUCCAAAAAUAGCUGUUUGUAGCGCAUGAGUGCUACAGUUCUGAAAAAAGCUCUCUUGCGGUGAAUUUCUUUCCUGUUCUGAUCCCAGUGACGAGGCCAUAUUUAGGUUGUGUUUGUUGUUCGUUUUCGUCUUUCUCAAAUCACGGGUUGAUAGAACGAUAUGGAUUACGUUUAGAUAGAUCAGUAGAUCAGUUUUCUUUUCGUAUCUGACCUUAUAUUUAAACGUUGAAAAGGGCCUUGUGGAUUUGAAUGUAUUCUGAGUAAAUUCAUUUGCUAACGAAACGCAGUGUGUAUAGAUUACCUCGGCAAAACGUUUCUCGUAUCAAGAAAAAGGAAUCAAAUUCGAAAACAGUAGGUUUUGUUUUCUGGAGUUGAAAUGGCCAUAUUUUGUCAAUUUCAAAAUGACUACAAUGACUACAUGUGCGUCUUCACACAUGCAAAAUUCCGAUGAUCACUGAGGUGGCAAAUUUUAAACUUAAGUGAUUUUGAAGUAAUAAGCAAUAUUCCUCAGGGGAAGGAGGAUUAUAUUUUCCUCCAAGCAAAACUCACUCAGAGUGGAGAUGGUCAAAACACUGAUCGUCGCUUCAUUCGUUCCAAUCGGUUGCGCAAAGGUGACAUAAAAAAAACUUGCAUUUUGUUUCAAUGACGUCUCUUACGAAUGUUGUUUAGACUGCAUUUAAAGGUUUCUAUCGCUUCCUACAAUUGAUGCCCACAUGCAAAAAAACUAGAUGCGUUCAGUUGGUCAUACUUCACAGUUGCAAAUCUCGUGCUACAUUCAGAAAUGCCUAAAUCUUUAUGCAUGUUUUGUUUCUUGUGUUGAAGGUACGUGCGACAGAUAUGGUGACCAAGUCAGCUUGUCAGAAAUUAUUCCAUUUACCAGAGCCAGCACAGGUAACUUCAUGUCAAGGCUGAUUUUCACACGAUCGCCUCAACCCUAUUCUCCCUUCCCAAUUAGAGUUACAAUAGCAGGGGACGGUUUGGGGGAUGUCUUUAAGAAUAUAUUGCCGAUUAGGGUACAGGAUAAACACGAAAUAUUUAUUGAGCAGUUAUGUUUCGGCUUUGCGCAUUUGAUCGAUUACCAGUCACAUUGGUCAUGUUCUGAAGGCUUCAGUCACAGCAGUUUUUUUUUCUUCUUGAGCAAUUUUUCGGUCAUGAUCGUUCCGCACACUUGUGGUUUACGUGGGAAUCAUUUGCGCCAACCCUCAAGUUUUUGCCUUGUUAACCAAUGUCUAUUUAUCAUUUUUGUUUGUUUGUUAUUUUUCUGUCCUAACAGAAACUUACGUGGACUGUCCGGAUGGCUCACAAUGUCUGGAUUAUGAGACUUGUUGUAUGAUGGACACAGGCCACUAUGGCUGCUGUCCGCUUCCAAAAGCUGUUUGCUGUAGUGACGAGGAACAUUGCUGCCCUGAAGGAUACAGGUGA